AUGGCUCGUCACUUGCCAGCUCAAACACGCUACCAGUCCUCCUCCUCACCUGGACCCAAUGGCCGUCCAAAACGUAUUGUCGUUGCUGUUACAGGAGCAACUGGCUCACCGUUGGCAGUUGCUCUGCUCCAACGCCUCCGGGAACUCGACGUUGAGACUCAUCUCGUCAUGUCGAAAUGGGGAGGGGCGACACUCAAAUAUGAACUUGAAGUUCCAAAUAACACGACUUCUUACCUCGAGUCUCUUGCUUCAGUCACACACUCGUCGCUGGAUGUCUCAGCCUCACUAUCCUCUGGUUCCUUUCGCACAGAUGGCAUGAUUGUAGUUCCAUGCAGUAUGAAAACAUUAGCAGGCAUACGCAUGGGUUACGACAACGACCUCAUCGUACGCGCGGCAAGCGUGACACUGAAGGAGAGAAGAAGGCUUGUUCUGGUGGCUAGAGAAACGCCGUUGACGAGCAUUUACUUGGAGAACAUGCUUGAAGUGACGAAAGCCGGCGCUGUGGUAUUUCCGCCAGUGAUGGCCUUUUAUACGAGGCCAAGCUCUGUCGAUGAUAUGGUACAGCAAAGUGUCAUGAGGAUGAUUGAUCUGCUGGACCUGGAAGUCAUAGACGGGGAUAUGCAGGAUGAAGCCCGUUGGUCAGGGUUUGACUGGGCGGCAAAGGGAAAGCAAAAUGCCUACUGCAUGAACACAGGCCACCCAUAG